AUGCUCCUCGUGGCGCUGCUCGUGCUGACGUGCGGCCCGGCCGGCCCCGGCGCCGCCGCCGAGUCCGACCUGGGCAGCAAGUUCCCCUUCGCCGGCGCCAAGGAGCACAACGGAGUUCAGGAUCCUCAACAUGAAAAGAUAAUUACUGUGACUACUAAUGGAAGUAUUCACAGCCCCAAGUUCCCACACACGUACCCGCGCAAUACUGUGUUAGUAUGGAGAUUAGUAGCAGUAGAUGAAAAUGUAUGGAUACAGCUUACUUUUGAUGAAAGAUUUGGGCUUGAGGACCCAGAAGAUGACAUUUGCAAGUAUGACUUUGUAGAAGUUGAAGAGCCAAGUGAUGGCACCGUUUUAGGGCGCUGGUGUGGUUCCAGUACAGUGCCAAGCAGACAAAUCUCAAAAGGAAACCAAAUCAGAAUAAGAUUUGUGUCUGAUGAAUAUUUUCCUUCUGAACCUGGAUUCUGCAUCCAUUAUACACUUCUUGUGCCACACCACACAGAAGCACCUAGCCCGUCAUUGCUGCCCCCAUCAGCCUUGCCAUUAGAUGUAUUAAACAACGCCGUUGCUGGAUUUAGUACGGUGGAAGAACUUAUCCGAUACCUUGAACCAGAUCGGUGGCAACUGGAUUUAGAAGAUUUGUACAGGCCAACAUGGCAACUUCUUGGAAAGGCAUAUAUUCAUGGGAGAAAAUCAAGAGUGGUGGAUCUGAACCUUCUAAAGGAGGAGGUGCGGCUGUAUAGUUGCACUCCCCGCAACUUCUCAGUGUCCCUGCGGGAGGAGCUGAAGAGAACUGACACCAUCUUCUGGCCUCUGUGCCUUCUGGUUAAGCGCUGUGGUGGAAACUGUGCCUGUUGUCACCACAGCUGCAAUGAGUGCCAAUGCGUACCAACAAAAGUCACCAAAAAAUACCAUGAGGUUCUCCAACUGAAGCCAAGGAUUGGUGUCCGGGGAUUGCAUAAAUCCUUGACAGAUGUGCCCUUGGAACACCAUGAGGAGUGUGACUGUGUGUGCAAAGGGAAUACUGAAGGAUAAACGUGGUUUAAGUGUGCUGUUUUCUUGAAAAGCACAUUCAAUCAAUGGCUGAUUCUAUUAUGGGGCUUGUGCAUUAUCUCCUUCUAUAAUCUCAGUUGUUUGCUUUGGGGAUCUUCCAUCUUCAGGAUUUACAGUGAGCUCUAAAAAGAGGAGAAGCCAAACUGGGAUUAUAUGUUGUGUAACAGCUCUGUUUGGAGGCCCAGUAAAAAGAUGGGAGAAAGGCAUCAAUGAGGGAUUUAAAACGUGUGUAUUGGUUUUGUCCCCAGCAAUUUUCUUGACGAAACAUGGAUUUAUAAUUUAGGAGUAAAACUAAAGUAAGAAGGCUCGCGUCAUGGAGACUUGAUCCUGCUGGCUGUCACAUUUCUACAGCUCCAGUACACCUUGCCUCUGUUGAAAACAUCUGAAAUCUGUCUUUCUGUGUUCAGCUGCUCCUAUGUACUCUAAAUGAAGCAUUCUCUGUUUUAYAGACUUGGUUUAAAACAGACUGUCUUGCUCCAAAUUCAGUAUAAUUUGCCUAAUACUGGUAGGAAAGACUGGAUUUUUAUGUACGUUCUUGUAAAGCUCCUGCCUCUUAGAGAGAAGACUGGACAAUAGCUAUGGAAUGAGCUAAYGCUGAAAGGAACAGUGCCUUUAUACUUACUACUAUGGUCGAUGAUUUUUUGU